UAUGUUGUGAUAAAAUGGCUGGACUAUUAUUAUUCUGGAACUGGAAUUUAGUUGAAUUCCAUUUUAUUUCAGAUUUAAUUCUGACAGUCGGAACUGCUGUUAUUUUUGUUCCAGUUUUUUUCGUUAAUUACGCGGUUAUUCAGUCGUUCCGUCGAUGUUGGAUACGUUUUAUCAAAUGGAAAUUUCCCAAUCACACGAUUGUGGAGAAAAACAGUGUUCAGAGUAUUUUAGAUAAUGCAAAAAAUCAAGGAAUUCAUACGUUAUUAGUCCAGGGGGGUAAGUUCGUGGGGGAGGGGUUGCGCACUCGUCUCAAUUAUUUGGUGUCGAAGAAACCAGCAUUGAGGUCGUCGUUGACGAGCAAGUAUGGUUUUUACGCCUGGCGAUAUCGAGAGGACUUUUCUCUCGAUAAUCACUUGAUCAAUGCCCCUAGUUCUUUCCGAGGACGACCAAUCACCGAUGCAAAUGUUCAGGAACUCGUGAGUGAAGUGACAUCGAAAUUUCUCCCGCUGAACCAGUCUCCUUGGCAAGUCCACAUGAUCACCUGCUCAUCAAAAAGGGAAGCCAAUGAAAUAUACCUAGUUCGCGCUCACCACCUCCUCCUGAGGCAGGCUCAGCUCACCCUCGCCGAUUUCCUACCACUUCAGUACUCCACUGACAACUGGAGCUGCCAAGAGAUCGACUCUCCAUUCACCAAUCUCUACGCGAAGCCCUCGGCUCUCCCAAAACUCCAUCAAAAACUCACCGAGAGCUUCAGUAAUAACUGGAAUGAAUUCCUGUGCAAUAAUGAUCCCAUGGAGAGGCCGGAAAUUAUGAAGAAACAUAUUGGUUUGUUUCAGUGCUUGAAGAUUGGAGUGAUUGUGGUGGUAGCCACGUGCAAAAUAUCAAAACGGAACGACGCGAACACAAUCAUAUCCCGUACAACGAUAUUCCACUCAGAAGCCCAAAAACGAAAUUUCAACCUCUCCACAAUUCGCCAAGCUCUCCUAAAAUCCCUGGACCCGAUCCAAAACGUCACGUCGAUCAUCCACUGGCUCUGGUACAUCACGAUAAUCUCAACAAUAAAAACUCCGAUUCUGAUAUAUCGAGAGCUUCGUGCUCUGCACUCGAGUCAGAAGCACUACUACCCAGACACCCUGACCUCUGUUCUGUCCUGCUACCUUCCCCUGAUAUUCCAAUCGUUCAUGGAGAUAUGCAUGAUCCUCAAAAUCAUCGUUGGUGCAACGAGAUCGAUCCUGGACGAGCUGUUCUCCAAAGACAUACAGUCCAACCAACUUCAGACCAUUUCCCCUUGCGGGAGGAAGGUAAUUGCAUGGUCAGACCAAGUAGAUGUAGACACACUCGAGCGAAUUUCGAGUGUCACUGGGGCCUCUCACACGGACGUUCUGUUGACAGCCAUUGUCGACUCGUUGAAGGUUUAUUUUCAACAGUCCGGACAAGUGAUUCCUCAACAGGUACUCGCAACUGCCAGAUACGUUAGUCACAGAUCUUUAUUUAUUAAAAAUCACGAGGUCCAAGGGAUUCUCUGUCUCUCCCUUCCCACUAGGACACCCCAUUUUGAGAAUGAUUUAGUGGAAAUUCUCGAGGUAAUCAAGGAAAAUGUGGCUGAAGCGAGAACGAGGCAGAGGGCGAUAUACGCGAUUACAGCUAGAGAAAAUUUUAGACAAAUUCUCGUGUCGUUUCUUCCGUCAAUUCUACUUAAAAUUAUCCUGAAUCAUCUCACGAGAAGAUACUCCCUCUGCUUGACUCAUGUUGAUGGUGACUUACGAGUCGAGGGGGUUGAAACAGCUCUGUACUGGGCACCACCCCAAGGAAAUUGCAAUUUAUCGAUAACCCUCCAUCGACAUGGAACCGGAUAUCGUCUAGGGGUGAUGGGCGACGCCCUGAUAAGCCCUCAGCACACCACAAUCACCAGAACAUUCACCAGCAGUGUGGAAAAAUUAGCGAACAUCCUCGGUGUCCCUGCCCCAUCCAGCAGAACCUCUAGUCCAGUUCCCCUGACUCCUACCACAUCACCAGGUCAUUAAGAAACUAAACCUCAGAUUACUCACAAUAUCAGGGUUGUUCUUUAUUGCCGACUGUUAAGAGUAAUACAAAUCCAUUGAUAAUCGACCCUUACUGUUAACGUCUACCUAAUGAAUAUUCAUUUUCUAUACAGAUCCGAUAGUUUACAACUUUCCCAAGAAAAGUUCUAUUUAUAACGUUUCAAUAAAACAUAAUAUACUGAAGGCA